CAUCGUUCAAAUGUAAACAUAAGUGCAAAGCUACCUACAUCGAAUAUUUUCUAUUUUAGCAAUUUGAUAAUAUUUAACAUAGUACAAAUACGAUAUUUCAGUGGGUAACACAUCAAUCAUGUCACUUGAUAUUGAUGCCGAGGGAGAGGACACUAGUGUGUACAGCGAAACAGUGAAGGCACUCUCAUCCGGCUUGCUACAAAUUUACGAGCCAACGUUGAACGAAGUCAAGGCAAAUCUGAAAGAGUUACUGGAUAAACAAACCGAAAUGCAGAGAGCUAUUGAAGUUGAGAAACGUGCUUUUUCAACCGAGGAAGUUCAGCAGAUUAACGAUAUGAUUAGCAAAGCAAAAUUUUAUAAAGAAAAGGCCGUACGGAUUAAAACCCAGAUGCAUCAAGUUCAUCAACGAUCGAAAAGCUUACGGAACAAAGCACUGGAUAUGCAGGAACUGAAAGUUAAUCAGUGUGCGUCGAAAUUGCAGCAAUUACAUUACGAAGAAUCUCUGGUGGCAACGAGUAAACGAACCCCCAACAAAAAGUCCUAGUGCUGACAACGGUCAGUAGACUUUUAACAGCAGCAUCGUAUAUAUUUUACUGCUUAAUAAUAACAUCCAAUACACUUAAGUUGAAGCUUUCAGCUCACUGCGUGGUCUCUUGUUACAUAAGUUUAUAAGUAAGCUCUCGAACAUUUAGAUAAGUUUGAAAUGCUAUACCUCCCUUUUGAUGGGCAAUUUCAAUCGAAAAUACAUUGAAUGAUUAGCAA